CCGCCCCGCCCCCACCCGGCCCAGAGCCCACCCCUCGGCGGGGCUGACCCCGAGGGCAGCCGGCUGGCAGCAGACGGCGAGGGAGGCGAGCGGGCGCGGCGCCGCGAGCGGGUUGCGGGCAGCGGGGCACGGCAAACUUUGCAGUUCGCCGCGCUUCCCCGGCCCGGCCCCUUCUCCCAUCGCCAACGUCGCUACCCCACUUUCCUCCAACCCCGCACACCUCUCCCCACCCACCCCACCUCCCGUCGCUCCUCCUCGCCGCCUCGACUCUGCUCCGGGGAAAACUUCAAAGCGCCUUAUCGCAGGCUCCCUGCUUACUCCCCGGCUGGGGAUUUCAGACUAGACGCUUGAAGAAAAGCUGCCAUCCAAGAAGACGACAUGCUUUCAGCACCCCCCCACCCCGUAUGGGAACGUUCACAGCUGGAUGAACAGCGAGAGGGUCCGCAUGUGUGGGAUCAGCAACGACAGGAAAAUUCCUGUAAACGAAGGUGACACUUCAAAGGCCGUACUGGAACUAAGGGAAGAAAACCCCUUGAAUCACAACGUGGUGGACGCGACCACGGCCCAUCGGAUCGAUGGCCUGGCAGCGCUGAGCAUGGACCGCACGCACCGGCCUGAUCCGGGAAGGGCUGCGUGUCCCCGGAAACAUCGUCUAUUCUAGCUCGUGUGGACUGGGCUCAGAGAAAGGGCGGGAGGCUGCCACAACCAUAGGUGGUCUGGGGUUUUCUUCCGAAAGAAACCCAGAGAUGCAGUUCAAACCGAAUACACCCGAGACGAUGGAGGCCUCCGCUGUCUCCGGAAAGCCCCCAAAAGGCUUCAGUGCUAUAUACAAAGCGCCCCUCGGAAUACGAAAAAGUGCUGUCCCCACGGCAGAAACACUGGGCUUGGACAGACCUGCCAGCGACAAACAGAGCCCGCUCAACAUCAAUGGUGCUAGUUACCUGCGGCUGCCCUGGGCCAAUCCCUACAUGGAGGGGGCCAUGCCAGCCAUCUACCCUUUCCUCGACUCGCCAAAGAAGUAUUCCCUGAACACGUACAAGGCCUUGCUACCUCAGCAGUCCUACGGCGUGGCCCAGCCGCUGUAUUCUCCGGUCUGUACCAAUGGGGAGCGAUUUCUCUACCUGCCGCCACCUCACCACAUCAGUCCCCACAUCCCAUCAUGCCUGGCCUCGCCCAUGAGACUCUCGACGCCUUCGGCCUCACCCGCCAUCUCGCCUCUGGUCCACUGCGCGGACAAAAGCCUGCCCUGGAAGAUGGGCGUCAGUCCUGGGAACCCGGUCGAUUCCCACUCGUAUCCCCACAUCCAGAACAGUAAGCAGGCUAGGGUGCCCUCUGCCAAGGCGGUCACCAGCGGCCUGCCGGGGGACACGGCUCUCCUGUUGCCCCCCUCGCCUCGGCCUUCACCCCGCGUCCACCUUCCCUCCCAGCCCGCUGCGGACACCUACUCCGCGUUCCAUAAGCACUGUGCCAGGGUCUCCACCUCGCCCGCGGUCACCCUGUCGAAGCCAUACAUGACGGUCAGCAGCGAGUUCCCCGCGGCCAGGCUCUGCAGCAGCAAGUAUCCAAAGGCUCCAGAAGGAGCCGAAAGCACCCAGCCAGCUCCCGGGCACACCCGGAAAACAGCAGAAGACAGAAAAGAUGGCAGCUCACCUCCUCUCUUGGAGAAGCAGACGGUUACCAAAGGCGUCACCGAUAAGCCACUAGACUUGUCCUCUAAAGUGGUGGAUGUAGAUGCUUCCAAAGCUGACCACAUGGAAAAGGUGGCUCCCACCGUCCUGGUUCACAGCAGAGCUGGAAGCGGCCUAGUGCUCUCCGGAAGUGAGAUUCCGAAAGAAACUCUGUCUCCUCCAGGAAAUGGCUGUGCUAUCUAUAGAUCUGAGAUCAUUAGCACGGCUCCCUCGUCCUGGGUGGUGCCCGGGCCAAGUCCUAACGAAGCGAACAAUGGCAAAGGCCUGCCGCUGAAAAACAAGGCCUUGGACUGGGCCAUCCCGCAGCAGCGCAGUUCUUCGUGUCCCCGCAUGGGCGCCGCCGACUCCGUGGUCACUAACGUUUCGGGGUCGGUGUCGAGCGCCGGCCGCCCAGCCUCUGCGUCGCCGGCCCCAAAUGCCACCGCCGAGGGCAGCGAGACCAGCAGGAGCUCCGUGGAUACCACGCCAUCCGUCAUCCAGCACGUGGGCCAGCCCCCGGCCACACCUGCCAAGCACAGCGGCGGCACCGGCAGCAAGGGCGCCAAAGCCAGCAACCCAGAGCCGAGCUUCAAAGCGAAUGAGAAUGGCCUCCCGCCGAGCUCAGUAUUUCUCUCACCAAACGAGGCGUUCAGGUCCCCACCAAUCCCCUACCCCAGGAGUUACCUGCCUUACCCAGCGCCCGAGGGCAUUGCCAUAAGUCCCCUCUCCUUACACGGCAAAGGCCCUGUCUACCCUCAUCCGGUGUUGCCCAAUGGCAGUCUCUUUCCUGGGCACCUCGCCCCAAAGCCGGGACUGCCCUACGGGCUACCCACGGGUGGGCCGGAGUUUGUGACCUACCAGGACGCGCUGGGGUUGGGCAUGGAGCAUCCCAUGUUGAUACCUCACACGCCCAUCGAGAUCACUAAAGAGGAGAAACCGGAGAGGAGGUACCGGUCCCACGAGAGGACCCGCUACGAGGACCCAAGCCUCCAGAACCGGUUUUCUGAGAUGCUGGAAGCCGGCAGCACCAAGUUACAUCCAAAAGUCCCCGCGGACAAGAACCUAAAGCCCAGCCCCAGCUGAAAUCAAGGGAAGACCGUCGUCAAGAGUGACAAGCUUGUCUAUGUAGACCUCCUCCGGGAAGAGCCAGAUGCGAAAACUGACGCUAACGUGUCCAAACCCGGCUUCACAGCUGAGAGUGUCAGCCAGAGUGCCGAGCCCACCAAACCCCCGCCUGACCCGGCUCUACAGCCACACCGGGAUUUCAUUGCCCUGAGAGAGGAGUUGGGGCGCAUCAGUGACUUCCACGAAGCCUAUACUUUCAAAGAGGCUCCGGGCCAGCCAGUCUCAGGCUUAAGCAAGGAGAAUGUUCCAGCGGUAACCAACAAGAACCUGGCGACGCCGGUCUCGACUCCAUUCCUGGUGCCGACCCUGGGGAGCGACAGCUCUGCGGUCACUUUCGGGAAAACCCAAGAGGAUCCCAAACCAUUUUGCAUGGGCAGUGCCCCACCGAGUGUGGACGUCACCCCCACCUACACCAAAGACGGAGCUGACGAGGCAGGAUCAACCGAUGGCAAAGUUCUGAACCCGAAGCCAUCUAAGCUGGCAAAGAGAAUCGCAAACUCCGCUGGUUACGUGGGUGACCGGUUCAAGCGUGUCGCUACCGGACUGUAUGCAGACUCCAGUCAGCUCGGCCGGGAGCAGCGGGCGUUGCAGCGUGCAGUGAUGCGCUUCUCGGAGUUGGAGAUGAAAGAGCGAGAAGGUGGCCACCCCACGACCAAAGACUCCGAGGUGCGCAAAUUCAGCCCCACUGACUGGGAAAGGCUGAAAGGAAGUCAGGACAAAAAGCCAAAGUCGGUCGCCCCGGAGGAGGCCAUUGCCGACCAGAACGACAGUGAGAGAUGGGAGUGUUAUGAUGGAAGCAAACCUGACCCCUUCAAAGCCCCAGAAGACAGUGAUCUUCCUGAGGACAUGGACACGGAGCCCCCCAGAGAGUCCCCCACCGACCAGGCGGCCCCGGACGCGUCACGCAGCCCCACCCUCCGGCUGAACAGAAAGCGCAAGGUCUCUGGCAAUAGGAACCACACUGAGACCACUGUGCUCCCGGAGGACUCUCUGCUGAAAGCCAAGCGGAGACGGGUCUCCAAAGGGCUCCAUCCCAGAAAGCAGCGCCGCUUGCUGCACCUUAGAGAACGGCGGGAGCAGCAGGUGUCGGCAGCAGAGAGCAAACCUGGCCGGCAGGGCAGGAAGGAAGUGACCCAGGCGGUCCAGCCUGCGGUCACCCCCCAGGGCAAUAGCAUCUCCGAAGAGAAACCUGGCAGGAAAAGGGCAGAGGCCAAAAGCAACAGAAGCUGGUUGGAGGAGUCCCUUAAAUGCAGUGACAAUGAACAAGAUGUGCUGUGCAUGGACAAAGAAAUGGAUCGGCAGCCUUCGCCCCUGCCGCAGAAAUACACCGACAACAGCGAGAAACCAUCCGCGAAGCAACCAUGCAAAACCAAGCAUUUGAUCCCUCAGGAGCCCAGGCGGGGCUUGCCGCUGCCAGGGGACUCCUACGUGGACAAUGCGGAUGGCAAGGACCAGAAGCCCUUGGACCGUUUACAGCAAUUGUUACCAUCUUCCCAGUCCUCGCAGCUGACAUGCUCAAGCUCCCCUCCAGAGACCACCCAGUCCCGCCCGAUGCCACCGGAAGCGCGGAGACUUAUUGUCAAUAAGAACGCAGGCGAGACCCUCCUACAGCAGGCCUCCCGGCUUGGCUACGAGGAAGUGGUCUUGUACUGCCUGGAGAACAAGAUUUGUGAUGUGAACCACCGCGACAAUGUGGGUUACUGUGCCCUGCACGAGGCUUGUGCAAGAGGUUGGCUCAACAUCGUACGACACCUCCUUGAAUAUGGCGCCGAUGUCAACUGCAGUGCCCAGGAUGGAACCGGGCCUCUCCACGAUGCUGUCAAGAAUGAUCAUCUCGAAAUUGUCCGCUUGCUCCUCUCCUACGGUGCUGAUCCUACCCUGGCUACGUACUCAGGUAGAACCAUCAAGAAAGUGAACCACAGCGAACUUCUGGAGAAGUUCUUAACAGACUGUUUAAAUAACCUGCAGGCUCCUGACGACUCUUGGGAGUUCUCUGGCAGCUGUGUGUGUGAACCAGAUGAUGAAAGUGGUUACGAUGUUUUAACAAAUCCCCCAGGACCGGAGGACCAGGAUGACAACAACGAGGCCUAUGGUGACCUAUUGGAAUCUGAAUUUUCUGAAGACCCCCUUUUGCCGUGUUAUAACGUCCAGGUGUCCGUCGCUCAGGGGCCUCGUAACUGGCUGUUGCUCUCAGACCUGCUCAGGAAACUGCAAAUGUCCUCCUGCAUAUUCCGCUGCAAUUUUCCAAAUGUGGAAAUUGUCACCAUCGCGGAGGCCGAGUUCUGCCGGCAAGUGUCAGCAAGUCGCUUAUUCUCUUGCCCCAAAGACCUGGAGUCCUUUAAUCCAGAAAGUAAGGAGCUCUUAGAUCUGGUGGAGUUCACGAACGAGCUUCAGACUCUGCUGGGCUCAUCCGUGGAGUGGAUCCUCCCCAGAGACCUGGACUCAGACGACGACUGGUGAGCUCGCCGGGGCCCGCCGUGUACAGUGUGUCAUGGUGUUAAUCCUUGUGCAUAUGUGUCCUAAUACGACUAUUUCUGUAAAGAAAGGACACUAUGAGACACGACUCCAGUCGGAAGGACUUCAAAACAUGUUUUUUUCUUUUUAAAAUUUUAAGUCAGUUUUUAUGAAGUUGUUAAUAAAGUUUCUUUACUUUUCAAUGUA